GUUCUUCUGAGCAGGGGGAGUGAGAGAGAAAGGUUGCGGUGGAGUUCACCAAAGGAACAUAAGACAGACCACUUGUCAGGGCAAGGCACACGCUGCAGAUCCUGCUCCUGCUGAGAUUCACUGGCAUUCUUAUCUUUGGAGAUUUUCUGGGAUUUUGUGUGAUUCUUCUUAGAAAUGGACAACUCUGUUCAUCAAACAACACGUUGCUUCACUCCUACAGACUCGCCACAUGCUCACUACCAUGUGCCAAAGGAUGUGGACAGCACAGCGCUGGGCAGCACAGCAGAGCUCUGUGGCUCCUCAGCAAACAGGAGGGUCGGUCUCAGCAUGCACCGCGGGUAUCUCGUCCUCACUGCCUUCCUGGGGCAACUGCUGGAAACCAUGGGACAGGUGUCCGUCACCCAGCAAGAAGGACAAGUCACCGUGGAGCAGGGAAACACCUUCCAGACCAAUUGCACAUACCAGAGCUCCAACUUCUUAGAUGCGUUGUUCUGGCAGAAGAAGGGACAAGCCCCUCAGCUGAUUUCUUCUCAAGCAGGAAAGGGCACCAAGCAGAAGGACCGUUUCACCACGGAGCUGAACACUGACGGGAAACACAGUGUUCUGCGGCUGAAGGAAGUUGAGCUCUCUGACAGCGCCUUGUACCUCUGUGCUGUGAGUGACACCCUGGUGCAGGGAGCUGCCCUGGCUGAGCAACAACCCCGGAUGGGGAGGGGAUGUGUCUGUGCAAGGCAGAGCUCUGGGAUGGGGCCCUCAGCUCUCCCCUGGCUGCGCUGCUUCCCCUGUGCACUCCAAGAUCUGACAGCCAGAUCCUCUUUCCCAAACGGGGCUGGUGUCUGUGGCUGUGCAGAGAGGGCUGACCCUGACUGGCUGACCUGGACCGCAGGGCUCUACUUUCCUCCCUUCGCGGGCUGACAGAAUAGGGCAGAGCCUGCUGGGAAAUAAGACUCCCCUGGGGGAUUGCUCUCAGCCCCUCAGCCCCAGGGUGAGUAAACCUGCCAGCCCAUGAUAAAGCAGCUUGCUUCGAGCCCUGGCCAGCCCAGCCCAGAGACCCCUAGAAGUAGUCCUGACAGAGAUUUGCAGGGCUUCUUCUCUCUCUUCAAUGAGUCAGUCAAUAAACUGGAUUUGCAUCCCAGCCACCAGGUUUUCUCCAGACCUUCAGCCAGUUCGUGUCCAAAGCCUGUGCCUAAGGGACAGAACAAAUAGAGCAGCCCUUAGUGCCAAAGGCCCAAGAGCUCUCCAUGUUCAUCACAGUAAGCAAUCAGAGCAAGAGAUAAAUGAAGACCUACAGCCCACUGAGUUCGUUGACGUCUCCUCAGGGGAGCUGGAGGCAUGUGUGAUCAUCCUCAGCCCCUGCACAGGGAGCAGUGUCAUAAUGACCAGCUCCUGCGGCAGUGGGGCAUUGCAUGUCUGGGACAAGCUGGGUGUCCUGCAGGCUGCAAAUGCCGAGACCUGGCAGGAGAAACGAGGCUGUGCUGAUGAAGCUUCCUCCAUCUCACAAAGCAUGCUGAAUGUGGUGUUUUGAUGUCCUCAGACUUGAGGACACUCUUUUGUCUGCUUGCGAGAGCAAGAAGCAAAGCAACCCGGAGAAAGAAAAGCUUGGCCCAGGCAGCUCCCAGCAGGGGGCAGCCAUGGGCCCUCUUUCCUCUGUGCUCUCGGGGAAGGCAGCACCAGGCUCAGCCUUGUCUCAGCAGGGGUCUGAUCUACCCCCGGGAUCAUUGCCCCAAGGAUUCUCUGGACACAUUGAACACCUCUGCAGGAACAAUGCCUUCCCUCCUGUUCUUGCCUGGGAACAUGGCUGGAGCUGAUCUAACAGCUGUUAAAUUCCAGGUUGAGAAUCGGAAUGAUGCAAUUAAUAUUGGAAUAAAAAUGUUCCAUUAAGGAAAACAUUUAAAACUUCUUUCUCAUCAUCUUCUUCUGAGCAUUCCACGAACCUGUUCAGAAAAAGCUGAACUGGGAUAUGUAGAGAAUAAAAAUACUUCUAAAAUUUCAUUUUUUUUGUUUCUUUUGCAACAUUCUGAAGCUUAAUUUCUCUUCACUUUGAUUGAAAAAACAAUCACUGGGUUGAUACUGAUGAUAGUGUAGAGCAGUAUUUCUGUUGUCUGGCUGGAAUUUUUAUGGGUUGGGAGCUUCUUUUACGCAGAAAAUUAUUUUCCGUAAUACAGCACUGUGGGAAACAAAGAAAUCUUUCACUAGC